AUAAAGACAUGGUAGAAGAAAGGAUGGGGGACUGUUGGAGCUACACAAAGGAUCAGUUUGACAACUUGGAGAAGCACACACAGUGGGGGAUCGAAUUUGUGGAGAAGUACACCAAAUUUGUGAAGGAGAGAUCAGAGAUCGAAACCAGCUAUGCAAAACAAAUUAGGAAUUUAUCAAAGAAGUAUCAACCCAAGAAGAACUCACGAGAAGAGGAUGAGAGCAAGUACACCUUCUGUCGAGCCUUCCUGACAACACUUAAUGAGUUAAAUGACUAUGCAGGUCAACACGAAGUCAUAUCGGAGAACUUAACAUCUCAAAUCAUCACCGAGCUGUCACGUUACCUGCAGGAGCUCAAGUCUGAGAGAAAAACGCACUUCCACGAUGGGCGUAAGGCACAGCAGCACGUUGAGAGCUCAUGGAAACAGCUGGAAUCGUGUAAAAGACGGUUUGAGAGAGACUGCAAAGAGGCGGACAGAGCACAGCAAUACUUUGAGAGGAUGGAUGCUGACAUUAACGUGACUAAGGCUGACGUGGAAAAGGCACGACAGCAAGCUCAGAUGAGACACCAGAUGGCUGCUGACAGUAAGAGCGAUUACUCCUCCUAUCUGCAAAAGUUCAACCAGGAGCAGAAUGACCAUUACUAUACAAUUAUCCCCAAUAUAUUCCAGAAACUUCAAGACAUGGAGGAGAAAAGAAUCGAGCGGUUAGGAGUGUGCAUGAAGACGUUUGCAGAUGUGGACCGCCAAGUGCUGCCAAUCGUGGGGAAAUGUUUGGACGGCAUGACGAAAUCAGCGGAGUCCAUCGAGCCCAAGACUGACUCUCAGCAAGUGGUGGAGUCCUACAAGUCUGGAUUUGAGCCCCCUGGAGAAGUGGAGUUCGAGGACUACGGCCAGGCCAUGAAGAGGACGGCGUCCGAGACCAGCCUGUCCAACUCCAAGGAGGGCAAGGAGAGGCCUGCUGGCAAGAGCAAGGGCAAACUGUGGCCUUUCAUUAAGAACAAGAACAAGCUUAUGUCCCUGUUAACGUCCCCCCACCAGCCCCCACCUGCCCCCCCAGCCUCAUCCCCGCCCUCACCCUCUACUGUUCCCAACGACCCCCAGUCUCCCAAGCAGCAAAAGGAGCCCCUCUCCCACCGCCUCAACGACUUCAUGGCCUCCAAACCCAAAAUGCACUGCCUCCGGAGCCUGAGGCGAGGGCUUUCUCUCAAGCUGAUCACACUCAAUUCCCACGUCCGGAAUCUCAUUGAGGGUUCUGGACCAGAAGACUUCAGCCACCUGCCACCAGAACAGAGAAGGAAGAAGCUCCAGGGAAAGAUUGAUGAGUUAAAUAAAGACAUUCAGAAAGAUAUGGACCAGAGGGACGCUCUUACUAAGAUGAAAGACGUGUACGUGAAGAACCCUCAGAUGGGAGACCCUGCCAGCGUGGACCCCCGACUAUCAGAAAUAGGCCAAAACAUCGAGAAGCUCCAGGCUGAAUUGCAGAAGUUCGAGGGCUGGUUAGCAGAGGUGGAGGAGAGGAUGCCAUCCAAGAGCGACACACACCGGAGAAGUGGGUUCUUCGAGACGCCAAACAACACGGCAGUGAGCAACAACUGUGCGCAGGACAGAGAGAGCCCGGACGGCAGCUACACGGAGGAGCAGAAUUCAGAGACUCAGGUGAAAGUCAGCACCCACCCCGUCCCCACCACCAGCACGCCGGAGUUCGACGAUGAGUUUGACGACGAGGACACCUUGCCCACCAUCGGUACCUGUAAAGCCUUGUACCCCUUUGAAGGUCACAAUGAGGGCACCAUCGCCGUGACCGAGGGCGAGCUGUUGUAUGUCAUAGAGGAAGACAAAGGAGACGGCUGGACGCGAGUGCGCAGGAACGAGGACGAGGAGGGAUACGUCCCCUCAUCCUACGUCGAGGUCUUUUUGGAAACAAAUGCCAAAGAUUCCUAAAAGUGGGGCUGGCUGAGGAAUGGCAGGGCAAGCACGCCUCGGAGACACCACCACGUUCCUCACACGCUCUGAGUGAAAGACGACCUGAGUCUAAAGAGACGACCCAUAAUAUCACAUCUCAAUUUCCAAACUGUUACAAAAAAUUAACUUUAUCAGCUCUGUUGCGCUUCCUCUGCUAAACUCUGCAAUGUGAAGCAAGGAUAAGAGAAUUUCAUCUAAAUUUAAGAGCUCAUAACCUUUUAACACCCAUUCAGAAGUCACAGACCACAGUACACAUCUUCUUUGUGUUGCUUUCAGCAAAGCUUCGCUUCUUAAUGUAACUAACUCCGCUUGCACCACGCGCAGUCAUGGAAUUUGGCUUUUGGCUUCCUCAGACUGAGCGUCACUCCUCUUUUUCCUUACCUUUCCCCCGUUACACACAUGGCAGAGGGUGUGGUCAGAGAGAAGAUGGAGACCACCAGGAGCCUUUGGACAAAAAACCAGCGGGAGAACCCAUGACACCCCUCAUCCAGUAGUGUGUGUGUGGGGGUCAUGAACUCCUCACUCACGCACUCAUUGACCUCAUAGAGAAUCAUCCAAGGAUCAUCCAACUUCUUGAGAGGCCGGAAAAAAUCUCAUUCACUUCCUCUUGACGCCUGCUUCUCUCCACUAAAGUCACUAAACUCCACAUUUGCAGGUUUCCCCCUCCUGAAAGAACAGGAAGUGAAGGCGCUGAUCAUUGCUUUCUGUGUCAUGUGCUUCUGGUUUGUUUGAGUGACCUGGAUGUUAUUUUUAACGGAAUUGCAGUUCCAGUAUUUUUCAACCUAGGCCCCAUAUAUAUAUAUAUAUGACACUUACAAAAACGUUGCCUGCACCAGCAGCUGUGACAUCAGUGGCUACAAUGUAAUCUUAUGGGGCAACAGCAACUAAAAGUGCUUUUUUUCACCAAUAAAAUCUGGAGUCUGGUAACAUUUCACAUGUCGCUCAAUGAGUCCAGCUCUGAACUGUGAAGCAGCUCGUUGUCCUUCUCUUAAUUUGUGCUUCAGUUUGUAGGAGAUUUUCGUCCAUAUCCUCCAGCUCCAACUUUAACGGGACACUUUGUGGACUGUCGCAGUUGCCCCUUAAGAUUACAUUUAAGGUGAUCAUUUCUAAAACGUUUUUGUAAGUUCAAUGGUUAAAAUUCCCCGGUAAGGUGUUGUGUGUCGUAAAUGUCCAGUUUACUCCACUCCCUCAUUCCAAGGACCAGCUGGAGAAAAAACCGAAGUGAUGGAUGAUGUGGUCAUUCACCAUCACUCUCAUCAUCCACCGGUCUUCCUGUCUUGUCACUGGUGCUUGUUCUUCUCUCUGACCACACCACCCUAAUCACUUCCACGGCCCCUCCUCCCUCCCCAGGCGGCUCAGGCUUACACUUGGCUGCUUUCAGCCCCAUUCCUCCCCUGCCCCUCACCCUCUUUCUUUUUUUUUAAUUUGCAACAGCUCAGGGGCGUUGUGGUGUGCUGCAUGCUUGCCCUGUCGUCCUCCUCGCCCCCCUCUGCUGGUGGCCCGGAGGAGUUGGUGCUGGGCGUGUUUGGUCAAGCUUAUGCGCCCCCCCCCUCCCUCUCCCUCCAGCCUUUCUGUUCAGUUAACCCUCAUUGCCUGGUCGUACUGUUUGAAUAACCUGGAUGCUACUGUUUGGGUUCAGUGCCUGUGGUUUUUUAAAAUGUCUUUUCUGUUGUCGGUUCAGAAAGCAUGUUUCCCCUGUUUGUUUGUUUUCUAACAGCGAGUGAGUGAUCCCCUCGUCCACAGUUAAAUCUCAAAACUGCAACAAGGACCUGAGUUGUUUUUCUUUUUCUGAAUGAUCUUAUGCAUAGAUAGUUCAUGAAAGUCUUGUGCAUUUGUUUUGCAGUCCAGUAUGUAUGUUAGCAAUGUUUGUAUUGUAUGUUUUCGAUCGGAGUGUCUAACGCAAGUUGUUAGUUUACAGUUGAUCACCUUGUGCUUGGUCCAAGCAGCAGUCAACCCAAAAAAAGAAAAAGAAGAAGUUGUGAUUGACACCUGAUGUGUUUUUAGGAUGGCCCGCCUACUGCCUAUUCUACUGUAUAUGAAAAUAUACUGUGAUUCAUCUUCCUGUGAACUUGUGACUGAAGUGUGACAGAAAUCACCUGUUUUGGGGCUUUGCACCCGUUUUUAUGUUCGACCACUGCGAGAGAGAAUGAUGCAGAUGUUUCCUGUGAUGUGGCGAAAGGAUCAAGAUGUGAUUUAUCUCAAAAGUCUCGGGGGCAAAUUUCAAGACUUUUUUUUUUUUUUAAACAAUCACGAGGAAUUAUGCCCACCCCUCCAACCCCCCUUCCUGCUCAACGGCACAUAAUGUAUCUGAUUUUUAAGAUUUCUGUUUUAUAAUUUUAAUGAUCUUGAGUUGAGAUUCUGCUUUCCUGGUUUUAUUUUAAGCUGGAAAUUAUUGUUGUAGCUUUUUUUUUCUCUCUGCCUGAACGGGACUAAAAUCCCUUUAAUUGCAAAUAUAACGUAAGAAUUGCGUUGCUUUUUUUUCUUCUUAUUUGGAUGAAGCCAUUUGCUGAAUAUUCAUCCGAUGCAGAAUAUUAUGAACACUUCCCGACAUCGACGAGUGAUGGACACAGACAGUUUGGACUCUUGAUGGAAGGAAAGAUCAAAGCCCUGCUGAAGCUUGAAAAUUUAAAAUACCAUGUUCGCUUUUUUCGCCACCCGUCUCAAUAACGUCAAGAUAUCAAACACUUGCUUUGUAUAAUUUUUCUGAGUGAAACAUGACAAUAUAAACCUGAAAAGGUAAAGACCACCACUUCAACGGCAGCAAUAGUUUUAUAAUGUCUGCCUUUGCUCUACGACAAGACCACCACAAACCUUUCAGUUGACGCCCCUGAAUAACCGCCUGUACAGAGGAAAUGGCGUGAUGGAAUUAGAGAGAGUAUAUAUGAAUAUAUAAAUAAAGUUUAAAAAGGACAAACAUCUAUUUUAACUAUUGGAGAGUCUUGCCAUGACUUCUGCUUUGCAAAGUAAGACUUCUUUUUCCUUUGUGAGGUCUACCAAAUGGUGUGUUUUGCACUUUUUCGUUUGUGUUCCAUUUGGUAGCCCAUGCUUGUGUUUUGGAGCACUGAAUACUUUGUAUUGUGUUUACUGUGCCAAUUAAAUAUGCCUGGAAAGUAAA